AUGCCAAACAUUGGGGCUGAUGCUAAGAAUGAAAUGCCUAGAGCAGAACAAAUUACCAUUACUAUGAAUGAGAGAGCCAAUGCAAUAACUCAUGACCCAAUGUUAAUUCAAUUGCCUAAUCCACCCCAUUCUGAGUGGGUAGAUGAUGAACGUUUCCCUCCUAGAUAUAAAACCCCUUACUUCUCUAGAUUUUCUAGAGAUGAUAAAGUUAUGGCUAUUGAACACUUGGCUAGAUUCACUUGCCAGUGUAAGGAGGCUUCGAAUAAUGGGGCUCUAAAGUUAAGAAUAUUCCCAAUGUCUCUGACUGGAGCAACCUUCACUUGGCAUUUGUAUCUUCCUGAGAGGUCUAUUCAUACCCUGGAAGAUAUGAAAAUAAAGUUUGCUCUACGUUUCUCCAGAUAUGAUUUGGGAGUAACUGUAGGAUAUCUAGCCCAAAAUAGACAAAAGAAGGGGGAAACUGUUGAGAAUUACAUUAAGAGAUUCAAGAAAGCCAAAAUCAAGUGUAGGGCUAUGCUCUCUGAAAUAGAUUAUGCUGAUAUGGCCUACCAAGAUUAUGAUGUUGAUAUGGCUGAAUUCGUGAAGGGAGAUUCCAUUGUUUGUGAAGCCUUGACUCAUAGGAAUGUAAAAGCCAAAAAUUCAAUCAAAGACAAGGUUGAAAGAAAAUAUUCAUUUGAUGUUACUAAAACUGACCAUAUCUUCGACUGGCUUAAGUGUGAUAUAUUCAGAAACUUGAUUCAAGAUAAGAAUGAGUCUAAAGAGCUCAAAUUCCCCAAAAAGAAGUUUGAUAUGGCUAUUGAUAAAGAUCUAUUUCCAAAUGGAUAUGGCUAUGAGGCUAUUUAUGUUAAUCCAAGUCCUUUCAUGUAUGACACUUGUGUGGCUAACACAUAUGCUAAUUAUGAUGUUUGGGAAGAUGAACUAAUUUCCAAUGAUGACUUUAGUGAAUUUGUUGCCAUGAACUUUCCUUUGGAAGAGGACACGACCCAGAAGCUAGUCGAGGAAGCUCAGAAUAUGUUUUUACCCCCCGACUUUGGGAAGAACUAUUUCCAAUGA